GAGAGUAUACGCUAUUUAGUAGUAGUUUUUUUUAAGAAGUAGAGAGUAGAGAGAGAGAGGUCGUUGAGCAUUUUCCCUCCCUUCUCUUACUGCAAUCAUCAUGAAAAACCCUCUGUGCCCAGCACUCCCAAAAAGCACCUCUCCCCACUCAAAUCUCCCUUCCCUUAAAUCCACCUCCCAAAACAACAUUCCCUCCCUCAAACCCCACCAUGAGAUCCAAAACCGCCUUUCUCUCCGUCUUCCUUCUCCUCUUCAAAACCGCCCUGGUUUUCUCCGCCACCUCGUCCACCACCACUCUCCCUCUCCCUCUCCUCUCUCUCCUCUCCCUCAAAACCGCUCUCCGCGACCCGCUCUCCUCUCUCAAUGACUGGAAUCCCGAUCUUCCCAACCCCGGUUUUCCCCAGCCGGUCUGGUGCUCCUGGACCGGUGUUACGUGCGAUCCCACCUCCUUCCAGAUCAUCUCCCUCGAUCUCUCCCACAAGAACCUCUCCGGUUUUAUACCUCCCGAGAUCCGAUUCCUCUCUCACCUAACCUACCUCAAUCUCAGCAACAAUGGCUUCGAUGGCCCACUCCAGACCGCCCUCUUCGAGCUGCCGUACAUCAAGACCCUUGACAUCAGCCACAACAUCUUCAAUGGUAGCUUCCCACCUGGCAUCUCCAGGCUCCGUUUCCUCGCCGUCUUCAACGCCUACAGCAACAACUUCUCUGGCCCCUUGCCACGUGGCAUCUCCAGACUACGCUAUCUCGAGGUGCUCAACCUCGGAGGCAGCUUCUUCGACGGCGGCAUCCCGCCGGGUUACGGCGGGUUGACUCGGCUGAGGUUCCUCCAUUUGUCGGGUAACUUGCUGCGCGGCCCGGUACCGUACGAGUUAGGGUCGCUGACUCGGCUCGAGCAUAUGGAGAUCGGGUACAACGAGUUCCGCGGCGGGAUUCCUCCUCAGUUCGGGCUUCUGUCGAAUCUCACAUAUCUCGACGUCGCGCAGGCGAAUCUUUCCGGUCCUUUGCCGAGCGAGCUCGGUAACCUGACUCAUCUCGAAUCGCUGUUACUUUUCAAGAACCAUUUCACCGGCAGCAUACCCGAAAGCUUUUCGAAUCUUGGCUCGUUGAAAGCGCUUGAUUUGUCCGAUAACCGACUUACAGGGCCGAUUCCGACUCAGUUUUCUUCUUUGAAGGAGCUGACGCUGCUGAGUCUGAUGGACAACCAUCUGACUGGUGGAGUUCCGGAAGGGAUCGGCGACCUUCCAAACCUCGAGACGCUUCUACUCUGGAACAAUUCCCUCUCGGGCCAUCUCCCUCAAAAGCUCGGCUCGAACUCGAAGCUGCGGAUGCUCGACGUCUCUUCGAACUCGCUGUCAGGACCGAUUCCUCCGAAUCUCUGCUCCGGCAAUAAGCUCUUCCGCCUUAUUCUCUUCUCCAACAGUUUCGAUUCCGAGCUCCCGUCGACACUCGCUAACUGCACUUCCCUGUGGAGGUUUCGGAUCGCCAGGAACAAGCUCAGCGGCUCCAUUCCGGCGGGCUUCGGCCUCUUGCCCAACCUUACAUUCAUGGAUCUCAGCAAGAACAACUUCUCCGGCGAAAUCCCGAGUGACCUCGGCAUCGCUCCGCGGCUGGAGUAUCUGAACAUCUCGGAGAAUUCGUUCGACAGCUCUCUGCCUGAUAAUAUCUGGAGCGCGCCGAGUCUGCAAAUAUUCUCUUCCAGUUUCUGCAAGCUGAAGGGCAAGAUUCCGGAUUUCAUCGGAUGUAAGAACUUGUAUAAGAUCGAAAUGGAAGGGAAUUCUCUCAGUGGAAGCAUUCCGUGGGACAUCGGCCAUUGCCAGAAGCUCCUGAGCUUUAAGAUCAGCCAGAAUCAGCUCACCGGGAUCAUCCCAUGGGAACUGGCAGCGCUCCCGUCAAUCACAGACGUCGAUCUGUCGCGGAAUUCUCUCACCGGGACCAUCCCUUCCGCCUUCGACAACUGCAGCACGUUGGAGAGCUUCAACGUCUCCUACAACCAGCUCACCGGGCCCAUCCCGUCGUCCGGCGUGAUGUUCCGCAACCUCCAUCCGUCGGCAUUCACCGGCAAUGCUGGCCUAUGUGGCGGGGUGCUGGAGAGGCCGUGCAUGUCUGAUAUCAGCCCCGACGGCCUCGAAUUCCGGCAGCAGCAGCAGCAGCCGAAGAAAUCAGCAGGCGCGAUCGUGUGGGUCAUGGCGGCAGCUUUCGGGAUCGGGAUCUUCCUCCUCAUCGCCGGGAGCCGCUGCUUCCACGCAAGGUACGGGCGUGCCUUCCGAGAGGAGACGAAAUCUGGACCGUGGAAUCUCACGGCCUUCCAACGACUGAAUUUCACCGCAGAGGACGUUCUCGAGUGCCUGUCGAUGAGCGAUAAGAUCAUAGGAAUGGGAUCGACAGGGACGGUCUACAAGGCAGAGAUGCCAGGUGGCGAGAUCAUAGCCGUCAAAAAGCUGUGGGGAAAGCAGAAGGAGACGGUUAGACGGAGGAGGGGGGUUUUGGCGGAGGUCGACGUGCUGGGUAACGUCAGACACAGAAAUAUAGUAAGACUCUUGGGGUGCUGCAGCAACAAUGAAAAUACGCUGUUGUUGUAUGAGUACAUGCCGAAUGGGAGCUUGGACGAUCUGCUGCAUGGGAAGAACAAAGGCGAGAACCUGGUGGCGGAUUGGCUCACCCGGUACAAGAUAGCACUGGGCGUAGCCCAAGGUAUCUGCUACCUCCACCACGACUGCAAUCCCGUUAUCGUGCACCGCGAUUUGAAGCCGAGCAACAUACUGCUCGACUCUGAGAUGGAAGCGAGGGUGGCGGAUUUUGGGGUAGCGAAGCUGAUCCAGACCGAUGAGUCCAUGUCCGUCAUCGCCGGGUCUUAUGGCUACAUUGCGCCGGAGUAUGCAUACACGCUGCAAGUGGAUGAGAAGAGCGACAUUUACAGCUUUGGAGUGGUGUUGAUGGAGAUACUGAGUGGAAAGAGAUCCGUCGACACCUCCGAGUUCGGGGACGGGAACAGCAUCGUCGACUGGGUGCGGGCAAAGAUCAAGACCAAACAAGGGGUGUCGGAGGUGCUCGACACGAAUGCGGGUGCGUCAUGCGCAUCGGUGAGGGAAGAGAUGAUGUUGGUGCUCAGAGUGGCAUUGAUCUGCACUAGCCGUAGCCCCUCCGAUCGGCCGACGAUGAGGGACGUUGUCUCGAUGCUGCAGGAAGCCAAGCCCAAGAGGAAGAUGCCGGGCAGUGGUGGCGGUGGCGGCACGGGUGGUGAUAGUAAUGGGAAUAGUGGAGGAGGGGCAAGCCCUUUGGUGCAGAAGCCAGCAAUGGUCUGUUAAUUUAAAAUUCAAAUGGGGUUUCUUUGGAUUGGUAUAGAAGAGAUUUUUUUUCUUUCUUUUGCAAUUUUCUUCUUUUUCUUUACUUCUACUUUUCCUUUUUUUUUUCAAAUGAUGUAAGUGAGUCUUGGGCUGUGAUUUUGAUUAUUGACUCCGUUUAACCUUCAAAGGUUUUAAGUAAGCUUGGUGAUUGCUGGUUUUAUGUA